GCGCCGCUUUCGGAGUAUUGUUUCCUUCGCCCUUGUUUUUGGAGGGGGAGCGAAGACUGAGUUGGAGACUUUUUUUUUCUGUCCCCCCCCUUUUUUUUGAAAAGAGGAAUUUCGUCCCAAAGCAAAGGAAUGAAGUCUGGCUCCGGAGGAGGGCCCCCGACCUCGCUGUGGGGGCUGCUGUUUCUCUCCGCCGCGCUCUCGCUCUGGCCGACGAGUGGAGAAAUCUGUGGGCCAGGCAUUGACAUCCGCAACGACUAUCAGCAGCUAAAACGCCUGGAGAACUGCACGGUGAUCGAGGGAUACCUGCAUAUCCUGCUCAUCUCCAAGGCCGAGGACUACCGCAGCUACCGCUUCCCCAAGCUCACAGUCAUCACCGAAUACUUACUGCUGUUCCGAGUGGCCGGCCUCGAGAGCCUUGGAGACCUCUUCCCAAACCUCACAGUCAUCCGCGGCUGGAAACUCUUUUACAACUACGCCCUGGUUAUCUUUGAGAUGACCAAUCUCAAGGAUAUCGGGCUUUACAACCUGAGGAACAUUACUCGGGGGGCUAUCAGGAUUGAGAAAAACGCUGACCUGUGUUACCUCUCUACGGUGGACUGGUCUCUGAUCCUGGAUGCAGUGUCCAAUAACUAUAUCGUGGGGAACAAGCCCCCAAAGGAAUGUGGGGACCUGUGUCCAGGGACCAUGGAGGAGAAGCCGCUGUGUGAGAAGACCACCAUCAACAAUGAGUAUAACUACCGCUGCUGGACCACAAAUCGCUGCCAGAAAAUGUGCCCAAGCGCCUGCGGGAAGCGCGCGUGCACCGAGAGCAACGAGUGCUGCCACCCCGAGUGCCUGGGCAGCUGCCGCGCGCCCGACGACGACACGGCCUGCGUGGCCUGCAGACACUUCUACUACGCCGGCGUCUGCGUGCCCGUCUGCCCGCCCGGCACCUACCGCUUUGAGGGCUGGCGCUGCGUGGACCGGGACUUCUGCGCCAACAUCCCCAAUGCUGAGAGCAGCGAUUCCUCUGAGGGCUUCGUCAUCCAUGACGGCGAGUGCAUGCAGGAGUGUCCCUCCGGCUUCAUCCGCAAUGGCAGCCAGAGCAUGUACUGCAUCCCUUGUGAAGGUCCUUGCCCCAAGGUCUGUGAGGAAGAAAAGAAGACGAAAACCAUUGACUCCGUGACUUCUGCUCAGAUGCUCCAAGGGUGUACCAUCUUCAAGGGGAACCUACUCAUUAAUAUCCGACGAGGGAAUAACAUUGCGUCGGAACUGGAGAACUUCAUGGGGCUCAUCGAGGUAGUGACAGGCUACGUGAAGAUCCGCCAUUCCCAUGCCUUGGUCUCCUUGUCCUUCCUGAAAAACCUUCGCCAGAUCUUAGGGGAGGAGCAGCUGGAAGGGAACUACUCCUUCUACGUCCUGGACAACCAGAACUUGCAGCAGCUGUGGGACUGGGACCAUCGCAACCUGACCAUCAAAUCGGGGAAAAUGUACUUUGCUUUCAAUCCCAAACUGUGUGUUUCUGAAAUUUACCGCAUGGAGGAAGUGACGGGAACGAAAGGGCGCCAGAGCAAAGGGGACAUAAACACCAGGAACAACGGAGAGAGAGCCUCUUGUGAAAGCGACGUGCUGCAUUUCACCUCCACCACCACAUGGAAGAACCGCAUUAUUAUAACCUGGCGCCGGUACCGGCCCCCGGACUACAGGGAUCUCAUCAGCUUCACCGUUUACUACAAGGAGGCACCCUUUAAAAACGUCACCGAAUAUGAUGGGCAGGAUGCCUGUGGCUCCAACAGCUGGAACAUGGUGGAUGUGGACCUGCCCCCUAACAAGGAUGUGGAGCCUGGCAUCCUACUGCAUGGGCUGAAGCCCUGGACACAGUAUGCGGUCUACGUCAAGGCCGUGACCCUCACCAUGGUGGAGAACGACCACAUCCGUGGGGCCAAGAGUGAAAUCUUGUACAUUCGCACCAAUGCUUCAGUCCCUUCCAUUCCCCUGGAUGUCCUUUCGGCAUCAAACUCCUCCUCUCAGCUCAUUGUGAAGUGGAACCCCCCGUCUCUGCCCAACGGAAACCUGAGUUAUUACAUUGUGCGAUGGCAGCGGCAGCCUCAGGACGGCUACCUGUACCGGCACAAUUACUGCUCCAAAGACAAAAUCCCCAUCAGAAAGUAUGCCGAUGGCACCAUUGACGUUGAAGAGGUCACAGAGAAUCCCAAGACUGAAGUAUGUGGUGGGGAGAAAGGGCCUUGCUGUGCUUGCCCCAAAACUGAAGCUGAGAAGCAGGCUGAGAAGGAGGAGGCCGAGUACCGGAAAGUGUUUGAGAAUUUCCUGCACAACUCCAUCUUCGUGCCCAGACCCGAGAGGAAGCGGAGAGAUGUUAUGCAAGUGGCCAACACCACCAUGUCCAGCCGGAGCAGGAACACCACGGUGGCAGACACCUACAAUGUCACAGACCCAGAGGAGCUGGAGACAGAAUACCCUUUUUUUGAGAGCAGAGUGGAUAAUAAGGAAAGAACUGUCAUUUCAAACCUCCGACCUUUUACUUUGUACCGCAUUGACAUCCACAGCUGUAACCACGAGGCUGAGAAGCUGGGCUGCAGCGCCUCUAACUUUGUCUUUGCAAGAACCAUGCCUGCAGAAGGAGCAGAUGACAUUCCUGGCCCAGUCACGUGGGAGUCGAGGCCUGAAAACUCCAUCUUUUUAAAGUGGCCAGAACCUGAGAACCCCAAUGGACUGAUUCUAAUGUACGAAAUAAAAUAUGGAUCACAAACUGAGGAUCAGCGAGAAUGUGUGUCCAGACAGGAGUACAGGAAAUAUGGAGGGGCCAAGCUUAACCGGCUGAACCCAGGGAACUACACAGCCCGGAUUCAGGCUACCUCACUCUCUGGAAAUGGGUCGUGGACAGAUCCGGUGUUCUUCUAUGUCCCGGCCAAAACAACGUAUGAAAACUUCAUCCAUCUGAUCAUCGCCCUGCCGGUCGCCAUCCUGUUGAUCGUGGGAGGGCUGGUGAUAAUGCUGUACGUCUUCCACAGGAAGAGAAAUAACAGCAGGUUGGGGAAUGGAGUGUUGUACGCCUCUGUGAACCCAGAGUACUUCAGUGCUGCAGAUGUAUACGUUCCUGACGAGUGGGAGGUAGCUCGGGAGAAGAUCGCCAUGAGCCGGGAGCUGGGGCAAGGCUCCUUUGGGAUGGUCUAUGAGGGCGUGGCCAAGGGCGUGGUGAAAGACGAACCGGAAACCCGGGUAGCCAUCAAGACGGUGAAUGAGGCUGCAAGCAUGCGCGAGAGGAUCGAGUUUCUCAACGAGGCUUCCGUGAUGAAGGAGUUCAACUGUCACCACGUGGUUCGGUUGCUGGGCGUGGUAUCCCAGGGCCAGCCCACGCUGGUCAUCAUGGAACUGAUGACACGGGGGGAUCUCAAGAGCUAUCUCCGGUCUCUGAGGCCAGAAAUGGAGAAUAACCCAGUCCUAGCACCUCCAAGCCUCAGCAAGAUGAUCCAGAUGGCCGGAGAGAUUGCAGACGGCAUGGCAUACCUCAACGCCAACAAGUUUGUUCACAGAGACCUUGCUGCCCGAAAUUGCAUGGUGGCUGAAGAUUUCACAGUCAAAAUUGGAGAUUUUGGGAUGACACGAGAUAUCUACGAGACAGACUACUACCGGAAAGGAGGGAAAGGGCUGCUGCCUGUGCGCUGGAUGUCCCCCGAGUCCCUCAAGGACGGAGUCUUCACCACUCAUUCAGAUGUCUGGUCCUUUGGAGUCGUCCUCUGGGAGAUCGCCACCCUGGCUGAGCAGCCGUACCAGGGCUUAUCCAAUGAGCAAGUCCUUCGCUUCGUCAUGGAGGGCGGCCUUCUGGACAAGCCCGACAAUUGCCCUGACAUGCUGUUUGAGCUGAUGCGCAUGUGCUGGCAGUACAACCCUAAGAUGAGGCCUUCCUUCCUGGAGAUCAUCAGCAGCAUCAAAGACGAGAUGGAGCCUGGCUUCCGAGAGGUCUCCUUCUACUACAGCGAGGAGAACAAGCCGCCCGAGCCGGAGGAGCUGGACCUGGAGCCCGAGAACAUGGAGAGUGUCCCCCUGGACCCCUCAGCCUCCUCGUCCUCCCUGCCGCUGCCCGACAGACACUCAGGACACAAGGCCGAGAAUGGCCCGGGCCCCGGAGUGCUGGUCCUCCGCACCAGCUUCGAUGAGAGACAGCCCUACGCGCACAUGAACGGAGGGCGCACGAACGAGAGGGCCUUGCCGCUGCCCCAGUCUUCAACCUGCUGAUCCUGGACCCCGCAUCCCGUGCAAACAGUAAUGUGUGUGCACGCUCAGCGGCGGGUGGGGGGAGAGAGUUUUAACAAUCUGUCCACAAGCCUCCUGUACCUCAGUGGAUCUUCAGAGCUGCGCUGCUGCCCCGGAGACUGCUUCUCUGCAGUCAACACCUUGGGAUGUUCCUUUUCUCAAUAUGCAAGCAGCUUUCUGUUUCCCUGCCCAAGCCCUUAACUGACACGGGCCUCUGAGAACCUUAAUGACAACACUUAAUAGCAACAGAACACUUGAGAAUUGAGUCUUCUCAUGCUCUUUCCUCUCUCUGUCUCUUUCUCUCUGUCUCUCCUUUUUCCUUCUUUUUUCUGCUUCAUAAUGGAAAGGUGUUUGCUGCAACCUGGCUGGAAAGCCCUUUUUGUCAGAUGGAGGAAACGGCUGUCUCUGGGGCCCCACAUCAGCCCUGUACACACCUGCCUGGCACCAUGGGUUGUUACCUCUCUCACACACAUGCACACACACACACACACACACAGAUGGAAGUUUUUUAAACUAUAUCCAUAACCUUUUUAAGGCCACCUAAAAUUUUAAAAGGGCCAUGGUUUAUCUACGGUAGUUACCCUUUUAACGCUGCCAAAUUUUGCCAAAAUCCUGAACUUUCUCCCUCAUGAAGCCCACACUGAUUUCCUUCUGCCCAGAGGCAUGGGGUGAGCACAGUAUCUGUAACUCCACAUAAGAGGCGUAUUGGUGAAACACUCCAUCCAACUGUCCCAGGUAUGCUUUCCAAGCCCCAGUGCAGCGGGGCUCCCUGCUUUCAAUGACUAGGUUAUUCUCUGGAGGAACUGGACAGAAGGAGACUUUCUCUCAUGAAGAUGGGAAAGGCUGGGGGCCUUCCCAACCCCCAGCUCUGCCCCCAAGGAUUCUGGAGGAAACAGACCAAGUGAGCCUGAAAGCCUGGCCCUGGUGCCAGUCUCCCCGGGCCCUUCCUGACCCCCGAGGGACGCAGGGGGGAAGGGGUUUCCAGGGACUCAGCCCAGCCAUUGACGCAGGUGUGCAAGGGAAGGGACUGAGACGCCACAGCAGUGAGCAGCAGCGCAGGCAAUGGAUUCAAGCAUUCUAAGCUUCGUUGACAUUUUCUCUGUUACUAGGACUUCUUCAUGGUCUUUCAGUUCUAUGUUAGACCAUGAGACAUUUGCAUACACAUCGUCUUUAAUGUCACUUUUAUAACUUUUUUACGGUUCAGAUAUUCAUCUAUACGUCUGUACAGAAAAAAAAAAGCUGCUAUUUUUUUUGUUCUUUAUCUUUGUGGAUUUAAUCUAUGAAAACCUUCAGGUCUACCCUUCUUCCCUUUCUGCUCACUCCAAGAAACUUCUUAUGCUUUGUACCAGAGUGUGUGAUUUUUCUUCCUCUCCUCCCAGUAAUUGAUACUUCUAGAACCUAAUUGCCAUGAACUGUUGGAUGCCUUUUUAGAAAACCCCCCGCUCCCCGGCGCCCAGCCCAUUCUCUGUCUUCUAACCCUGUAGGCUCUGUGGGCACGAGGCAGGUGAGGGACAGGGGCAGACCCGGGGCUCGGGCCCAGGCCUGGCCCCCUGUGCCUCCCACGGCGCUGGACCCUGUCACAGCGCAAGACAUGACGCAAACUCAGGUCGGAAAUCGCGAGGCUGAGCAUCUCACGUGGCCCUGCUCAGUGUGUGUGGUGCCCAUCGUUGAUGAGUCUCACCUGCUCUUUCCCUUCCCUUGCCUUUGGUUUGUGACACAGACGUUUUUUUUAAUUCUUGGGUACAACAGCAGUUUUAACUGCAGACACGAGGCAUUUGGAUUACUAUUUCUUUAAUGGAUAUUUAAUCCUUCCAUCCCACGGAAAACAGCUGCUGAGUCUCAGGGUGCAGCAGAACGUGGCCAGCAGGCCCCUCUGCCACCCUGUGCCACACCCUCACCAGACCGACCUCCCUGUCUCUAGAACCAGAGCAUCCCACAGGACCUGUCCACCCUGGCAGGGAGCGGGACCCCGGCGCCCCAGCCAGCCCAGGGGCCGAGAGCCCACCGCCAGGUCUGCUGCUCUGAGUGCCAGGGCGGGCGGCCCAGAGCGCUCUGCCUGCUCCCCAAGGACCAGAGCCCUGGCACCAGCUGCCGCUCCCUGGCUGGGAAUCCCAGCCCUCGGGCCUGGGCUCCUGUUUUGUUUACUUUUUAGCGCUUCGCAUGGGAGUGAUGACAGCACAAAAGUUGCUUCUGGGAUGGAAAUGUUUAGAUUCCUAGUAAGGACAAAGCUCAACGAUGAUGAUUGCUAGUUGUGACUGGAGAUUAAACACAAAAAAGAAAGUUCAUAGUGCUUGCUUGCCUGUGAGUUCCAGGCUCCAGACCUCCAGACUUCCUCAUGGCCUCUGUCCCACAAUGUUUUCCCUUAAAAGAAAAGAAGAAAAAGAAAACAAGGUAAUUAAGAAGGUAUCGUAUGUAGGAGUCUUUUAAUUUAUUUUGUGAUACCAGUUUUAAUCACUGUAGAAAAGCCCCCAUUAUGAAUUUAAAUACUGAGGAAAGGGUGCGUGGUUGUUGAGUGUGUGUGUGUGUGUGUGUGUGUGUGCGUGUGUAAAAGACAGGACAGUUUUUGGUUUUUUGGGUGUUUUUGUUUUUUCAAACAUUGAUCUACCUCACUCUUAUUUUUUAUAUGUGUAUAUAGAAAAAAAAAGAAUACAUCUCACAUUUCUCAGCACCUGACAGUAGGCCACUGAUACUGGUAACCUCAUCCACACCACAGGCCACACACCCAGGUGUGACAUGCAGGAAGAGGCCAGGCUGUAUUCCGGGGUCAAAGCGACACUAACCCCCUUCUCUGCUCGUUUCAGACAGCUUGCCUUUUCCUGGGAUGUCUUGUACUGCUUUUUUCUUUCUCCUAACCUGGUUCCUUCAGAGGUUGUGAGGUAUUAGGGUUUCCUUGUUCCCGGCCCUGGCCUAAGGAGGACACGAGAACAUGCUCUGGGGGCCAGCCCCCUGGCUGUCUCUGGCCAAAGCAAAGCUGCUUUGAAUGACCAACCCGUGUCACCAGGGAGGGAGCAGGUGUUCCCCAGGCUCUGAGGACAGGAAGGUGGCCACGAACUGCACUCUUGUGGGGUGCUGGGUGAGUCCCCAGGCUGCUCUGGUGGGGCUUGCACUGAGUCAGGGAUGUGCCACUGCUGCCGCCACCUUUGCUCUACUUAAGGGCGCAGCCCCAUCAGCAAUCAGAGAGCUCAGUCCUCCCAACCUGCUCCAGCCAAGCUGAUACAGAAAGGAGAAGCCCCUCCCCUCUGCCACCUGCUGUCUCGCUACACCUUCCUGCCCCUCCCUGGGGAAGCACCAGACCUCCUUGGGGCUGGAUGGCCAGUGGUCAGCGCUGGCCGCCUCCAUGGUGGUGCACCUCUGUCCACCCCGCCAUCCUGCUGCUCACGGGUGGACGGUGCACUGUCCAAGCCCAGCACCUGCUCUCACAGGCCCUGGGGAUGGUACCUGGGAAGCGCCAGGAGUGGUUUCCCCACACGUGACGGCCCCUCCCAGUUGCAGCACUUGAUGAUGCCCAAGAAGGAGCCUUUCCGCUUGCAGGAGCGCUGGCCUUCCCUCCCACGUCUCCAGGAUCUUAAGGUCACUGAGAAACACUUAACUGUUGGAUCAGGGUUUUCUUCUUCCACACUGUAGGUGACCCCUUGGAAUAGUGGCCUUGCCUCUCUUUUGCACAUACCUGCCAGUUCCCACAACUGGAUUUCUACAGAUAAUUCAACUGGUUAUAAGGGUUUUGUUUAAACUGUCCAAGUUGUUGGUGUCAUUUUGUUCUUGUUUUAUGUAGAUGGUUUUUCUUUUAAGUAGAGAGGAAACACUAACAGUAUAGUGCUCAUCCUAACAAAUGCUUCAGAAGCACUUCAAUAAAGGAAAAUUUUGUUUGUGUGCUGGUGCAGUCAUUUUACUGGACCAACCCACCCACCUUAACUCUACCAAGGCAUCAUGUAUCCACAGUUCUAGCCUCAUUUUAUGCUGAUUUUCCCACCUCUUCUUGAUUUUCUCUUUUGUAUGCUCCAAAUAAUCUAAUCAAGCUAGUUGUGGCAUUUUCCAAGCAACCUCCUCCUGACAGCAGCAGCUCACACUGCUUGAAGUCACGUGAACCACUGAGGCACCUCGCUGAAUUGUGAGCAUUGAGACGUUCUCACACAGCCCUUCCCCAAGGGAGGCUGCAGGAGCUGAUGUCUUCUGGAGCUAGUGCUGAAUUUGAGCUGUGUGAGGCCUCCUCUAAGGGAUGCCAUGGCAUUUGACACACAGUUGGAAUGAGCUUCCUCGUUGGAAGAUAGAAGACUGUGUUUGGGGCUGCCGCUGGCCCCUCCUUCCAGCCGGUUUCUUAGGCUCAGGACAACACUUCAAUGGUGGGAAAAACGGCUUCAUAAGAUAGAAAAGUAGUUACUGUGAAACUACCAAACGGCAGAAUGCUUGCUUGGUGUGACAUGGUGUGUUCUGGUUGGGAUAAUGAACUGACAAGCCAUAUAUGAUGCCAAAUUCUAGGCCAGUCUGAUCCACCGAAGCCGCCUUCUCAGCAGCCCACCUCUGUGGCCAUGGCCGUUCCUAAUACAGGCGGCUGAAGUGGCAGUGUCACACUGAGCUCAGGUGGGUGAGAAGAAAGCUAGGAUGUUCAUCCCAGGUCCUCAGCUGUCACUGUUGGGCCCUCCCAGGAUUGGCCAGACAAUGUUGAAGGCAACUCCUUUCCCAAACAGACACCUUCCGGUUGGCAGCAACACUCCAUGGUAGGCCUUGGCCCAUUCCAACAGUCCCAGUAGUGCAUUUAAGGUUAGGGGUUUGUUCCUUUGUUAAUGUUGCUUUUGUGUUUGUCAGCUGUCUUUUCAUUUCCUGGGCUAAGCGGCAUUGGGAGACAUGGACCCGAGAUCCGCUCUUUAAGAACCAGUGAGAAAAGUCAAAACUUUCUUCCUCCACUCUGAACUAGUCGGUGGUACAAAUGAGAACUUCAAGAGAGGAUGUUGUUUAGAUUGAGCCUCUGUUGCCAGAGAUGCUGAAGAUACAGACCACGGGGCUUUAUUUUUGGCCUCGCAACUUGGAUGACUAGUGCGUCAUUUAGAGGAAGGAGCACUCCUUGAUGGUGGCACGGCCAGGCAGAAGGAAACCAUUGUUCACAGGGGUCAGGACACGGAGAGAAAUAACAGGCAGAAAGGUACAGGGCUUGGAAGAAGCGGGGGCCGUGGAUUGAACUUGAUGGUUUCCAAAGGAAUCCACCCACAUCAAGGGUCCACAGUCAUCCAUGGGCAUUUGGUUUCAACAGUUAAACCUAACAUCCUGCUCUGCAAACUUAUCACAGAAUUAAGUCACAGUGUAUAAGAAUAUGAACUGCAUCGCACUCGCCAGUUGUCAGUUCUGGGGCAUGACUUUAGGGCUUUGUUUUAUUUUGCUUCUAUAAGAACAUAAUAAUCACUCAUUUGUAUGUCCACGUUUCUGUGUCUGCAUCUUUCCGGUAAGCAUUUUUUAAAAAUUAGUCACUCAUUAGCAUUUCCAAUAGGGCUCUUAAGUCCAGUAGAUUACGGGUAGUCAGUUGACGAAGAUCUGGUUUACAAGAACUAAUUAAAUGUUUCAUUGCAUUUUUGUAAGAACAUAGAAUAAUUUUAUAAAAUAUUUGUAGUUGAUAAUUGCCGAAAAUAAUUUAAAGACACUUUUUUUUCUCUGUGUGCAAAUGUGUUUGUGAUCCUUUUUUUUUUUUUUUAGGACACCUGUUUACUAGCUAGCUUUACAAUAUGCCAAAAAAAAUUUUUUUAAAGAUUCUUUUCCAAACCCGAACCAUGGUUCACCCUCUUUCUCCCCAUGCUUUGUGCCCUUGUUUAUAACAAAGGAAUGAUGAUUUCAAAAGUACUUCUGUAUCUUCGGUAUCUUGGUCUUCUGGAACCCUCUGGUUGGUUAGGGGAUCGUCUUCUGGUCAUUUCCCCUUGCAGUGUAGCAACUUUAAGGGAUGGAGAGAACCUCACUGGCUGUGGAAACGGCACAGGUCUUCUGCCCUGUGAUGUACCACACUGCUCAGCAUCUGGCCUGGCUGGCUUGGAUAUUGUCAUAGUCCUGCAGUGCCACAGUGGUGGAAGGACUUCUCACCACAGCAAAUGGUUUUCACAAUGACCACACACACACAAAAGCAGAGAGCACCCAGGCCAUCUGCAUCUAUGCCUCGUACCAUGUCAAAUGCUUUGUCCUAAUGAGCAAGUGACCUUAUUUAUUUUUAUCUAAGGCAGAACACUGAUGAUACAUUUUUCCCAUACAGAACAAAUUCUUUUGAUAAAAACCACAACAACACAUCCACCCAAAGUUUUUUUAAGUUUGACUCCAUGUCCUCUAGCUCCCAGUGGAUUAUUGGCCAUGUCAACACAACUCCACAAAAUCCCUGUUUUUGGAAACAUCUGGAAUUUUUGCACUCCAUAGGAGAAAGGUCCAGAAACCAUCUGGGGUUUUUGUUGUUGUUUUCAACUUCUUAUUUGGUUGGUUGGUGCUGUGUUCACACAUCCACAGGUGGAACAGAUGCCCGGUGAAAACACCUGUCUGUUUUCUAAGCCAGUGAGGUUAAGGUGAGAGGUUUGCCAGAGUUUGUCUACCUCUGGGACUAAAAAAAAAAAAAAAAAAAAAAAAAAAAAAAAGGCGCAA